UAUGUGCAAAUUGUAUAAAUUUCAAAAUGUCUAGUACUAAAUCUUCUAAAUUACAUUUAACUGAUGAUAAAAAAGAUCAACGAAGGAGUGGUGUUGAAAUAGAAAGAGAACUUCUUCAAUCUUCGAACAUAUUUCAAGAAGGCUAUAAUUUCUCCAGAUGCAAUAGUAAAGAUAAUGACAAAAUUAUUGAAAAGUGUCUUGUACUACUAUCACUGCUGUUGGUAUUAAUAGCAUUUCCGAUAUCUUUGUUUACCAUAUUUGUGACAAUUCGUCAAUUUGAACGAGCGGUUAUUUUACGAAAUGGAAAAUUGCGAAAAAACAAAGCUUACGGGCCCGGUCUUGUCCCAUACCUACCAUGUGUAGAUACCGUCAAGUAUGUCGACUUGAGAAUUAUUUGUUAUGCUGUGCCACCUCAAGAGGCUUUAACUAAAGAUGCUUUGACUGUUGCGGUGGAUGCUGUAGUCUACUAUAAAAUUGAGGAUCCAAUUUGGGCGGUUGUCAACAUCGCUGAUUAUAAAGUGGCUACUCAAUAUUUAGCAGCUACAACCCUCCGAAAUGCUCUGGGAACUCGGAAACUAUCAGAAAUCCUGGUCGACCGACCAGCUGUCAGCUAUCAAGUCUUUGGAAACAUGAAGAAUCUGACCAUCAACUGGGGAGUCAAGAUUGUUAGAUUUGAGGUGAAAGACAUUAGUUUACCACUGCAAUUACAGAAAACAAUGGCUACAGAAGCGGAAUCAUCGCGAUUGGCGAACGCUAAAAUAAUUGUAGCCAAAGCUGAAAUAGAAUCCACGAAGAAUCUCCAAAAAGCUACUAAAUUGCUUAUGGACAACCCUUACUGUAUGCAGCUCCGAUACUUGCAAGCUCUACAGAUGAUUGCCGGCGAGAGAACGCAUACUGUCGUGAUUCCGAUUACGCCAGAUAUGUUGAAGAGCCUGUUUAAAUGAAUCAUGAGAUACGACAUACUGAACUGUAAUGUAAUGUGAACGUUUUUGGUUUGUAAAUUAAAGACGUGUUUGUA